AUGACGAAGCCUAAACAGGAGACUGAAAUAGAAGAGAAACACAUGUACACUGAGCCGGCCUCAACGUUCUUUCAUGACGUAGAAGCUUCUCAAACAAAUCACAGACGUGGAUCAUUAUCGCUGAAAGAUGAGAAGAGUAAGGAGAUGUACCCAUUGCGCUCCUUUCCCACUAGAGUCAAUGGCCAGGAUACCUUCUCUAUGGAGGAUGAUAUCCAGGACGAGGACGAAGGCGAAGUGCAGAACGCUGAAGUGAAAAGAGAACUUAAACAAAGACACAUUGGUAUGAUUGCCCUCGGUGGUACCAUCGGUACUGGUCUGUUCAUCGGUCUAUCCACUCCUCUAAUGAACGCCGGCCCCGUGGGCUCUCUGAUAUCUUAUUUAUUCAUGGGUUCGUUGGCUUAUUCUGUCACACAAUCACUGGGUGAAAUGGCUACCUUCAUUCCAGUCACAUCCUCUUUCACAGUCUUUUCGCAAAGAUUUCUGUCGCCUGCAUUUGGUGCAGCCAACGGUUACAUGUAUUGGUUUUCUUGGGCGAUCACGUUUGCCCUGGAGCUUAGUGUGGUUGGCCAAGUCAUUCAAUUCUGGACGUACGCUGUCCCAUUGGCAGCAUGGAUUAGUAUUUUCUGGGUAGUUAUCACUGCAAUGAACAUGUUCCCCGUUAAAUAUUACGGUGAAUUUGAAUUCUGGGUUGCCUCUAUCAAAGUCAUAGCCAUUAUCGGGUUUUUAAUCUACUGUUUUUGCAUGGUCUGCGGUGCAGGUGUCACCGGCCCAGUCGGGUUCCGUUACUGGAGACACCCAGGUGCAUGGGGCCCAGGUAUUAUCUCCAAGAAUAAGAACGAAGCAAGGUUCCUGGGCUGGGUUUCCUCUUUGAUUAAUGCCGCGUUCACAUUCCAAGGUACUGAAUUAGUUGGUAUCACUGCUGGUGAAGCCGCCAACCCAAGAAAAUCUGUUCCUAGAGCCAUCAAGAAGGUUGUUUUCCGUAUCUUGACCUUUUACGUUGGAUCCCUGUUAUUCAUUGGUCUUUUGGUACCAUACAAUGAUCCUAAAUUAACCUCAGCCACUUCUUAUGUCUCUACUUCUCCAUUUAUCAUUGCCAUUGAAAACUCAGGUACAAAAGUAUUGCCCCAUAUAUUCAAUGCUGUUAUCUUAACCACCAUCAUUUCUGCAGCAAAUUCAAAUAUUUAUGUUGGUUCUCGUGUCUUAUUUGGUUUAGCCAAAAACAAGUUGGCCCCAAAGUUUUUUUCAAGGACUACUAAAGGUGGUGUCCCAUAUAUUGCGGUUUUCGCCACUUCCAUAUUUGGUGCUUUAGCUUACAUGGAAACUUCGACCGGUGGUGGAAAAGUAUUCGAAUGGUUAUUAAAUAUCACUGGUGUCGCUGGAUUCUUCGCUUGGUUAUUUAUCUCGAUAUCACAUAUCAGAUUCAUGCAAGCUUUGAAAUACCGUGGCAUUUCUCGUGAUGAAUUGCCAUUCAAAGCCAAACUAAUGCCUGGACUAGCAUAUUAUGCUACUUUUUUCAUGAUAAUCAUUAUCAUCAUCCAAGGUUUCACCGCUUUCACACCAACAUUCAACGGUAUUAAUUUCCUUGCCGCGUAUAUCUCUGUUUUCCUUUUCUUGGCAAUUUGGAUUUUAUUUGAACUGAUAUUCAGAUGCAGAUUUUUCUGGAGAAUUGAAGACGUGGAUAUCGAUUCCGACAGAAGGGACAUUGAAGCCAUUGUAUGGGAAGAUCAUGAGCCAAAGACACUUUGGGACAAAUUUUGGAAUGUUGUAGGAUAA